UUUUGGCAACUGUCUAAGAAGACUAAAUUCCGAUCAAUACAACUUUGGCCAGUUGACAGGCAGAAAUUCAACCAGGGCAACUGUCCCAGUACGAGAGAUACCCUGCUGGGAGAAGCUGCACCUGUUGAAUUCUGCCCACCCACCCCGUCCAUGCAACUGUUUAAUAAGGCAUUCCACUCGUUGUGUAAGAUCUUUGCAGGGCUGUGGCCUGCCUGAACUUUCUCUCAGGAUUGCUGGAAUGUUUUCCUCCAUCAUAUUUUUCUGGAGCACCCAGGUCCAAAUCAGUUGUCAUAAACUGUUUCUUGGGGCCACUUUUAUUGUGUUGUUCUGUUUAAUUUUACAGGAACAUAGGAAGCUGCCGUCUACUGAGUCAGACCCUUGGUCCAUCUAGCUCAGGAUUGUCUGCACCGACUGGCAGCGGCUUCUCCAAAGUUGCAGGCAGGAAUCUCUCUCGGCCCUAUCUUGGAGAUGCUGCCAGGGAGGGAACUGGGAACCUUCUGCUCUUCCCAGAGUGGCCCCAUUAUCCCCUGAGGGGAAGAUCUUCCAGGGCUCACACUUCUAGUCUCCCAUCCACAUGCAACCAGGGCCGACCCUGCUUAGCUAAGGGGACCAGUCCUGCUUGCUGCCACCAGCCCAGCCCUCCCCUCCCCUCCCUUCUGUUAAACGUGGCAAUUAAGCGCAGGCCUCAUUUAGGGCCUAGUGUGGCCUAGUGGCUGGUUGUGUGGAAACAAAGCCAGUUCAGAAUUAAUGGUGGCGAGGGUCUUUCCUCAGACCCUCAUAUUUUCCUCAGGGCAUAUUUUCCUCAGCCUGGCUGCCAGGGCGACAGGGUCCGCGACCAUGUGCAGAGCGGAAUUGCACUGGAAGUCUGCCCAAGUGGCACUGGGGUUGAUCCUAGCAACUUCCGUACUGGGAUUGUGUCCUCCAAUGUGGAUCCCAUACAGGGAGGAACUUUGCCUCUAUGUCCCUGCUGGUCCAGCUCUGUCUUGGAGUGAGGCCAGCAUCUUCUGCCAGGACCAAAAUGCCAAGCUGGUGGUCAUCAAGGAUUACAACAAACAGAUGUUCCUGACGGACCACACAGAUGGUGCUAAGGGACCCGCGUCCCUCUACUGGAUAGGGCUGGCCUGGCAAGAAGCAAAUGCUCAGCUCACCUGGGUGGAUGGCACUCCAAUAUCGCAGAGCUGGUACAGCUCCUGGCUGCAGGGCCACCCCAAGAAGGGACAUUGCGUCCAGAUCGUGGGCUUCUACGCUGGCCAGUGGAGAGACUGGGAUUGCCGUGCCAACACCUCCUUCAUCUGUGAGAUGCCAGCAAAAGAUGCUUUCCCUGGCUCUGUGAAGAAGGUCCGUUUCCGCUCUCGCUGCUACACCUUCCAUUUCCCAUCCUUCCGGGAAGUGAGGUCCUGGAGAGAGGCCCAGGCCUUCUGCCAGGAAACUGGGGAGAGCUUAGCCGUUGUACACGAUGAGGAGGAGAAUGCCUUCCUGUCAUAUGCUUUUCCUGAAGACGGCUGGCAUAUGUGGAUCGGGCUGCGCUUUGGCACUGCAUGGAAGUGGAGCGACUCAUCACCCCUCGGCUAUUUCUGGUGGCAUCCAGAAGAAGCCCCGUCUGAAGCGCGGGAUCGGUGUGUGGUACUGCAGUUCUGGCCAGCCGAUGUUUCCCGACAUGGGACCUGGAAAACCAGACCGUGCAACAAACGCCCCGUAGCCGAGGCGACAGGAUUCAUCUGCCAGCACGGAUACAAUUUUUGUGGUCCACUGGACCCUGCUCACUUUCCCCUCCCUGGAGGGAUGGGCCUCCACGCCACAGUAGAUGUCAUCUUCUCUCUGUCCGCCCACUCAACCUGCUCUCUGUUGCUGACUGAGCUCCACACCAACACCACCCCUUUCAAGAUCCACCUCAAGUCUGACACCACCCACGUGCAUGGGAGCAUUCUCUCUGAACUCGGCGGCUUCUCAGUGCACAAGAAUUUCCCUCGCGCGCCCUUUUCCUCUGGGCUCAACACUUGGAGUUUCGUCACCCACCCCGGCGGUGUUGUGAGCUUCUUCAACCACCAGGAGCAUUUCCGGCUGUCUGACAUCCGAGAUAUUUCUUUUACUAACCUCGGCGCCUUGCAGAUAACUGGAGUGACCGUGGCCAAUGCAUCUCUAGAGUAUCGCCUUUCCUCCGAGUUGCGCUUCCCCGGGGGAAGCAGCCUGCAGCUGCAGAAUGCCAUUGGCCGCUACCUGAGCCACUUCACCAUCGGCUUGUGGCUCCGGAGCAACGCCACCAGCCCCCUCCAGAUGUGCCUGGUCAGCUACUCGCGGAAGUGGAAGCCGCCAGACUUUGCCCUCUUUCUCCUCUUCCCAUCUGGGCUGAAAUUCCACUUCAAAGGGACAGUGCUGUUCAGCAGCACCCGUGGCUCCCUCCUCGAUGGCGCUUGGCACCACGUGGCCGUCUCGGUCUCCAGUGCCCCCUGGGCCCUCCCCUCUGCGCUCUUUGUCGACGGAAAACCCUGGGCGCUGCACCGGGCAAAGCACGCCAAUGUCCUGCCCAAGGGGCUGUCUCUGGGGGGGAAGAUGAGCAUAGGGCAGCUGGAGGUGGACAGCAGAGGGACCAGCUUCUACGUGGGGGACCUGAGUGAAGUCAACCUGUGGGACCAAGCCCUGCCUGAGCUGUCAGUCCAGCAGCUGGCGGCCUCCAGGACCCGGUGGAAGUACCCCGGCAACGUGGUCAGCUGGAGCCAGCUGGUGGCUCAGAGGCCUGCUGCACUUCAGAUCAGCACCCCAGGCCAAGACCCAGAUACGGCCUUUGUGUGGUUCGGCCUCCUCCAGCUCAGAGGGAAAACGUCGGUCCUGUGUGCUGAUCCGGAGCGCUCCUGGAUCUACGUGGAGCCCGCUCCAAAGAGGUGCCUUAACCAUAGUUUCUGGGGUCUGCAGCUGAAUGGCCGGCUCCGCAGCGUGGCAGAUCCUUCCUCUUGCCUUCUGGUCGCAUCCGAUGGCGUCUCCCUGCUGAGUAGCUCCGAUUGUUCCACCAACAUGAAGAGUUCCUUCCGCCUGUUGCCAGACCAGCGUUUGCAGAACUUGUACUCUGGCUUCUGUGCGUUUCAGGACAUUGUCAGCGCCAGGCUGUACCUGGGGAAAUGCACCCCGCAAGCCUUGUACUUUGUUAUCGACCGGGACGUGCACUGCCCUCAGUCUCCUGCCUGGAGGUCCAGGAAGGACAAGUGCCUCCUUUUCAUGCUGGACGUGGCCCUUGAGUGGAGCCAGGCACUGAGAUUCUGCCAGAGGUUUCACGGGGGGAGCUUGGCCACACUGAACAGCCCGGCGGACCUGGCACGGGUGCAGACGGAGCUGCAGGUCAGCGUCUGGACCGGUCUGCACGGCACUGGCAGGGACCUUUGGAGCUGGGCCGAUGAGACCCCCUUCAACAAAGCCCUGAAGCGCUUCAUUUUCUCCCCGGGUACUUCUGGCACCAAGACCUGCCUGCUGGCCCUGACCUCCGGCGCCCUGAAAGUCGAGCUGUGCAACAGACCUCACCGCUGGAUAUGCCAGACCUCUCGGCAGAGCGACGCUUACGUGGCAGUCCCCGGCCGGUCCUUCUACGGCUCCUUCUCUGUGGACCUGGCCUUCCCCUCCCUGCAGCGGGCCAAGCAGCAGUGCAGUGCCCUGGGCAGAGGCUGCAACAUGGUGGUCAGCACCGUCACGGGGCACCGCCUGGCUGCAGGGACCCGCUUUGUCGCCCUGAAGGGCCCUGCUGCCCAGCCGGGGGCCACCGUGCACGUCAAAAGCGGGUGCUCCCCUGGCUUUUCCGGGCAAGAUUGCCAGUCCAUGUGCCCCCACUGUGAGCCCAGCACAGACUGCAACCCCCUGACGGGUCUCUGCGAUGGAUUCCUGCACUACGAGGAGACAACCGCCACGUAUGCCUCUCUGAAGUGCCUGCCAUUUGGUGACUGGGUGUACGAUCACGGCUCUUGUGUGUCGUCGGAGCGCUACAGCAGUCAAGAAGAGGCGCGUGCCGUGUGCAACCGAUACCUGGGCGCAGAUGUACAGAAGGUCCCGGCUAAGUUCUCUGGAGCUCAAAGGAAAGGCACAGAGCUGGACAGUGUUCUUUGGGCUUGCCAGCGAGCAGAAGAUGCGGAGCUGCCGUCCCUUAGAGAGAAGCUGCUGGUUUCCCUCCAGGGUCCGAGCCCGCCACAGAGGCGCGCCUCGCUGCAGCAAGCCCUGGACGCCUGCUACCUGCAGAAGGAGCGCUGCUCUGGGGUGCUGAGCCUGCGCAGCGCCUGUUACGUGGUGGCCGGGACCGUGCUGGCUGACAUCCCGGGCUCAGAAGCCAUCCUGUACGUCAAGUCCGCUUGCUCGCCUGGCUUCUACGGCGAGAGAUGCCAGAAGCGCCGCUCUCCCUGCUUCACCACGCGCACCUUCAACCCCUGGACGGGCCAGUGUGACGGCCACCUGAGCUGCGUCCGCCGGUUCAGCCCUUCCUGCCUUCACGGUCUGGUGAACUCAAGGUGCCCCCGCCAUCCCGGCUGGUGGUUCUGGGAGGGCCACUGCUAUUAUGUGGAGGAGCAGAGCCUCAAGGACUGGCGAGAGGCAAGAGCAGCCUGCCAAGCAUACGGCCACGACAUAGGCUUGCUGACCCUCAGCAGCGCCGAGGAAAAGGGCUGGAUAGGGGCCAUGGUGCAGCAAGACAGCUGGACAGGGCUGAACGACGCAGACAAAGACGGGACCUGGAUGUGGGAAGGGGGCCAGGCGGCCGAUCUCUCCUCUCCCUGGUUAGCUGAUGUGCAGCUUAUCACAGGUCACUGCCUUGGGAUCCGACCCCAGGGGGAGCAGAUUCUGACCACCACUCCGUGCUCCGAACUCAAGCCUUGGGUGUGCAAAGGGACUCCGGUGCCCUGGAAUUCCUGUCCGUGGACGCCUGGGUGGAGACACUGGAACGGCAGCUGCUACUUCUGGGACCCUUCCGUGGCCAGCGGGUGGCAUGAGGCCCGGCAAGCUUGCCGAAGGUUCAGGAAGACGGAGCUGCUGUACCUGACCUCACCCCAGGAGAAGGACUGGGUUCACUCAAAUUUCCGAGACUCUUUCUGGACAGGCUUGAAUGACCUGAAGCUGGAGUCUGUCUUCCAGUGGACGACGCAGGAGCCCCUCAGCCAGCAGAUGGCAGAGUUCUUGCGAGACGACAUGGCCGAUGGCGGCCUGAAGGACUGCGUGUGGCUGGACGUGGCCUCUGGGCUCCUCCGCGAUGCCAAAUGCAACGAGAAGAAACCUUUCCUGUGCAAAUGCAGCGCCGGCACAGAGUGGUUUGACAAGAAGCCCGGCCGUGGGGUGGCCAAAGAGCCCUCCCUGAUGUAUCCCUCUGCGGAGAGCCUGGAAGCGGCCAAGCGAGAGUGCCUGAUGGAGCGCCAGGUCUGUGCGGCCGUCCUCCAGACGGAGACUGGCUUCUACUUGAUCAGCACUGUGGAGGAGAUCAUCUCCCAGCCAGUCUGUGCGGAGGGCUUCCGCAGCCCACACUGCCAGAAGGUCUGGACCCCCCCGCCACGGCCAGCCUGUGACUGCAGCGGCAAGUUUCAGACGACCGCCAAGAAAGUCUGUGGCAUCCCGGUGCAGAGGUGUGUGGACGACUGCCAGAGCAUGACCACUUGGAGGAAUUGCUCGCUCUGCCUUCCUGCCUGCUCCGAGGCCAGCUUGAGCAACCUGGACCCCGAAGAGCUCGCUCUCAUCACGAUGGUCCACUUCAAAGUGUCGCAUUCCCUCAACCUCACCGCGGAGGACGAAAGGGAUCGAGGAAAUUCGUCCAAAAUCAUAUAUGACGCCAAAUACCCAUGAUGUUUCAACACCGGGGGAAAGCCAAUAAAAGCUUUGGUGAGGGCGCUGUUCCCUGGAAUUUU